AUGACUGGGAGAGAGGGGCCCCCCGCCGCCCCCAGGAGCACUGGUUUUGGGAUACAGGAGAUUUUGGGUCUCAACAAGGAUCCCGCGACUCCACCAAGGGACCACACCCGUCAGCUGCCUCCAGGGGCCCAUCUUCUGGCUGCGCGCUCCAGCCUGGGGCUCCUGGGAGCCGGCGGCAUUCCUGCUUUCUACACUCAGCCUGGACUCUUACUGGGGGAGCGCCAGGGGGUCAGAAGGAAUCUGGGGGGCAGGAGCCCGGGGCCCCAGGAGGGAAGAAGCACCUGCAGCUCAGACUCAGAAGAAAUUUCGUCAACUGAUCGGAAACUUUCCAAAUCCCUGAGUCAGAACAAGAAACGCAAAAAGAGGCGGCACAGGACCAUCUUCACCUCUUACCAGCUGGAGGAGCUGGAGAAAGCCUUCAAUGAGGCACAUUACCCUGAUGUCUAUGCUCGUGAGAUGCUGGCCAUGAAGACAGAGCUGCCAGAAGACAGGAUCCAGGUCUGGUUCCAGAACAGACGCGCAAAGUGGAGAAAACGUGAGAAGUGCUGGGGGAGGAGCAGCGUGAUGGCCGAGUACGGGCUGUAUGGCGCCAUGGUUCGACAUUCCAUUCCCCUUCCAGAAUCUAUCCUGAAAUCAGCCAAGGACGGCAUAAUGGAAUCCUGCGCCCCUUGGCUGCUAGUUCACGAUGACCUGUCAGUUCCCAGACGAUUUUCUAAACCCGAAUACCACCAAUUCUUUGCAGGGAUGCACAAAAAGUCUUUGGAGGCAGCAGAUGUGGUGCCGCAGUCAGAGAGGGAGGUGCCCGCCGUACCCAGCCAGCCCGAGGUCAGUGAACGGAGAGACGCCGAUCACUCCAGCUCUAUUUCUGAGGAGGAACUGAGAGAGAACAGCAUUGCUGCCCUACGAGCCCGAGCCCAAGAACACAGCGCCAAAGUCCUGCAGAGCACGAACUGUGAGAGUCCUGUGAGGAAUCAGGACGGGGAUGAGGAGGAGCGAGCGGCACACAGUGAAGACUGCAAGGCUUCCUUCUGAAGGACUUGGUAGCAUGCAUGCCAUAU